AUGGCCGCCUCCACCAUGUCCGUCUGCUCUGAGCCCUGCACUGAGUCCUCCUGGCAGAUCGAGGACUGCCCAGAGAGCUGCUGUGAGCCUACCUGCUGUGCCCCCAGCUGCUGCCACUGCUGUGUCCCCAGCUGCUGUGUCCCAGCCCCCUGCCUGACCCUCAUCUGCACCCCAGUGAGCUGUGGGUCCAGCCCCUGCUGCCAAUCUGCCUGCAGCAGCUGCUGCACACCCUCAUGCUGCCAGCAGUCUAGCUGCCAGCCCUCAUGCUGCACCUCCUCACCUUGUUGUCUGACCCUGUGCUGCAAGCCUGUCUGCUGCACACCCAUCUGCUCUGGAUCCUCCUCCUGCUGCCAACAGUCUAGCUGCCAGCCCUCAUGCUGCCAAUCCUCCUGCUGUGUGCCUGUCUGUUGUAAGCCCGUCUGCUGCACACCCAUCUGCUCUGGAUCCUCCUGCUGCCAGCAGUCUAGCUGCCAGCCCUCAUGCUGCCAAUCCUCCUGCUGUGUGCCUGUCUGCUGCAAGCCUAUCUGCUGCAAGCCCUGCUCCAGCGUGUCCCUGCUCUGCCGCCCUGUGUGCAGACCUGCCUGCUGUGUGCCCAGCUCCUCCUGCUGUGCCUCCUCCUGCCCGCCCAGCUGCUGCAAGCCCUGCUCCAGUAUGUCCCUGCUCUGCCACCCUGUGUGCAGACCUGCCUGCUGUGUGCCCAGCUCCUCCUGCUGUGCCUCCUCCUGCCAGCCCAGCUGCUGCAAGCCCUGCUCCAGCAUGUCCCUGCUCUGCCGCCCUACCUGCUCCCGCCAGGCCUGCAGUGGCCUCUGCUCUGGCCAGAAGUCCAGCUGCUGA